UAGCUGUCACGUUCUGUUCGAUGCCGUCACAUACAGAGGAUCAACUCAUUUGCAUGGAACUUUAGGAUAUGACAGCCUUUUUUCAUGUAGGCAUGUAGGACUGCAUAUGAAUAAGGUUAUGAUUUUAUAUUCAACAUUGUAACUUUCGUUUUCCUUAUUUGCAAAUAGAAACUGUUUUGACCAAACGUCAUGAGACGCGUCACUUAGGCUAUUGCGGUAAAAAGGGAUUCAAGCUAAACCUACAUCAGAAGUUUCAACAUGACAGAUAGGUUAAGACUAGCAAUGUCGUUCUCUACUCAAGUCGUGUUUGUGAAGAUGUCCCUGCAGCUUUGCAUAAGUAACAUCCAGCAUAUCUUAACAACUGUCCUGGCAUGGAUAGGUGUGCGCGGUCCGCAGUUGCGGUUGACAUCUACAGGAAAAGUCAAUCUAGUGAAGGUGUUGCAAAAGAAUAUAUCUCAAACAGCGACAACUCCGAGCAGUGUCAAUUAUCAUUUUACUCGACAGUGCAAUUAUAAGUGCGGUUUUUGUUUCCACACGGCAAAAACGUCUUUUGUCCUGCCCAUUGAGGAAGCAAAGAGAGGUUUACAGCUUCUGAAGCAAUCAGGACUGGAAAAGAUUAACUUCUCUGGUGGAGAGCCUUUCUUACAGGACAGAGGUGAUUUCUUGGGUAAAUUAGUCCAGUACUGCAAACAAGACCUCCAUCUCCCAAGUGUCAGUAUUGUCAGCAAUGGCAGCCUGAUCAGAGAGAAGUGGUUCCAGAAAUAUGGCCAAUACCUGGACAUUCUGGCCAUUUCCUGUGACAGCUUUGAUGAGGACACCAACCAGACUAUAGGCAGAGCCCAGGGCAGGAAGAGCCACCUUGACAACCUCUUCAAAGUCCGGGAGUGGUGCCGGGACUACAAAGUGGCGUUCAAAAUCAACUCUGUGAUCAACACCUUCAAUGUGGAUGAAGACAUGAGAGAAAACAUUUCUGAACUCAACCCUGUACGCUGGAAGGUGUUCCAGUGUCUACUGAUCGAUGGGGAGAAUGCUGGGGAGAACAGUCUGAGGGAGGCAAAGAGGUUUGUCAUCAGCGAUCAGCAGUUUCAGGACUUUCUGGAUAGACACAGCACCAUCAGCUGCCUGGUACCUGAAUCCAAUCAGAAGAUGAGAGAUUCCUACCUCAUCCUGGAUGAAUAUAUGCGUUUCCUGGAUUGCAGAGAGGGGAGGAAGGAUCCAUCCAAGUCCAUCCUUGAUGUUGGCGUGGAGGAGGCCAUUCAGUUCAGUGGCUUUGACGAGAAGAUGUUCCUAAAGAGAGGAGGGAAAUAUGUAUGGAGCAAAGCUGACAUGCGGCUAGAGUGGUGAUCCACACAUUGUAAUCAAUUCCACUUUUUGUUUGUACUUGUGUGUGUGUUUUUAUUUGUAUAGACAGUUGUAUUUAAUGGAUAAUAUAAAUAGGAAAACAAAUAAAAUAAUAACAGUAGGCUACACCAACAUUAGUUUCCAUUCAUACAAAGUGUCGGGUAAAUUGCCACAGUAGAUUUGCUGUGGUAAGCCAGGAAAUACUUUUAUUGUAUGGAAUGCUUGUCAAAUAGAUAAAUUGCCCUUAGUUCAAAAAGGGACUACGUUGUUCUGAUGAUAAUACCAACCAGAGGGCGAACAUGCUACUAAGGUAGCACCAACAUCGUUUAGGGAGUGGUAAUGAGGUGACCAAUAAUGGUUGCAGUUGAGAUCAGCUGUGUGGGCGAAUUUAGAACAUAUUGAUAGCUGGUGAUAAUCUAGUGACGUCGAUGGUUGCAAUAGACCCCUUGUUAUUUGAUUAUAUUCCAAUACAUUCUUUAGGCUAUCCAUUAGCCUAUCCAUUCUCACAUAAUGAAAGAUGUGAAAACCGAUAACAGUUUCCCUGGCUGAGCUAAUGAGAUCAUUUGGGCCAUCAGUUGAUUGACAGCUAAUUGAACAGCUUGUUGAACAGCUGAUUUCACCAUCCCCACUCCUGCAACUCGUGCCAACCCUGUCUCUUUAAUCGUGCGAUAAUGAUUUGGUCAUUAUCAUUCAAGAAUCUGGCACUUUGCCGCAACCAUGUGUUAAAGUUCAAAUCUUCCUCCCACUGCUAAAUGGCAUAUUAUUAGGGCUAUAUCGUCAUCAUACUGAAUCAUAUGAUCAUUAUAUUAAACAAGCCUAUUAUUCUUCUUUAUUAAAUUGACAGUCACA